AUGAGCGUCGACGGCGUCGGCGCCGCAGAGACGAGCGUCGGCGGCGUCGGCGCCGCCGCAGAGACGAGCGUCGACGGCGUCGGCGCCGCCGCAGAGGAGCGCGCCGCGCCGCGGGGGCCGGGAGCAGACAUCAGGUCCUCCUAUGAUGACGGUCUGCCCUGUGCGCCGGUGGUUGGCAGGCGCCCGAUCCGCGCCGACGCAGAAGGUGGCGCGCUGGGGCGGGAGGAGGGCGGCGCCCGGCCGUGCCGAUGGCGCCUCGCCUCUCCCAGCCUGGAGGCCUUAAUCUGGCGAGCCAUUCUGCACAGUCAAGGCCUCGGAAUCGUCGGCACCACGCCGGCCACGCGGGGGCGCCUGUCGACCUACCAACCGCUUCGAAAGGCCGAUUCCGGAAGAAGUCGCCUGAAGCCGGAUAUUCCGCAGAGAAAAAUUUCAGAAUAUGUUGCAGUUAAGAAAAUGAAUAUUCACACCAAAAAGAAGCCACCUUCUACUGUCAGAAAAUCAGCUGUUCCACUCUUAAAGGAAGAACAAAAAUUAGAGUUGCCUAUGGACUCAAUCCCUGAGCUUAGAUCUAAUAAAGAAGAGAAAGUAAAAAUAAUACAGAAAGCCUGGUAUUCUUACAUAGACAAACUCGUAUUUCGACUUCUAAAACACGCAAUUUAUGCAUUGGACAAAUAUGUAACACAAGAAAUACUAAAGAGAGCAAGCCCCUCAGAAGCUGAACUUGUUAAAGAUCCUACCAUGAAGCAUACUAUUAAAUUCAGAUUUAAUGGAGAAAUCUUUCCACCCUAUAUUGUAUUUAAAAUUUUUCUUCAUACUCUUGGUCGUGGCUAUAAGUAUUUAUGUGGAAGAAAUAUACUGAAUUCAUCAAUUGAGGUCAUAGUUGAUACUUACAACUUUAUGGGAAGGAGUAAAUUUUACCGUCAAAUGAAGGAAGAUGAACACCUUCAUCGGAAGUUUGAAAUAAGUGAUGAAAUAGAUGUUAUCACCUCAAAAGAUUAUUUGCAAUAUUCCAAUCUUUUAGAUAAGAUCCCUGCCUCUUAUGGGGGCAAAAAUAACCACUGGCGUCGAUUAAAACUUGAAGAUAUCCCCAAGACAAUGAUGAUAUAUGACAUAAUUGAUUUGAUACAAUCUGGAAUAGUUUCAAAACGUCUUCAAAAAGAACUGAAAUUUCUUCUACUGAAACCAUGGUCAGAAGAAAUGCGUCAGCAUCAGCUUCACAUUAUUACUGAAGUGAGGACGACUGAACCACUAACUCUUCUACAAAAGCCUGCAAAACAAGCCAAGAAUAGUAGAUCUAAGAAAGCACAAAAGAAAGCUGAAAAUAUGAGCAUGGCUUAUAAGACAAAUAUACUUGAGAAACUGGAAAAUGUACGAAGAUUGAGACAAGUUAUCUUUCCUCCAUCAUCUGACCUUGUAGAACUUUUUGAACCUUCAACAGAUCCUAACUAUGACUUUCUAAAUGAAAAACAGAACUUAUUUGACUGGUGCGAAAAACUGAUCACUAGUAACGCUUUAAAACCAACUAACUGAUAGAAAAUGUCACAUUUGUCUUAUCUAUUUGUAAGUGUACGUGCAUGUUAAGAACUAGAAAACUGUAGAGCAACUUCUAAAAACACUUUCAACCAAAUGCGGUUUCGUUUUUUUUUUCUUAGCCUCAUUUAUAUUACAAUAAGUGCAAUUAAUUUUUACUGAAAAAAUUUAAACUUAAUAUUAUAAGUAGAUGCUUUCAAAUUAGCCAUAUGUCAUUAUAUUCAUUAUAAAUUAUUUCCUGAGAACUUAAGGUAUUUGCCUUGCAUGCAGCCAAUCCCUGUUUGAUUUCUGGCACCACCAGGAGUGAACACUGAGUGCAAAGCCAAGAGCAAGCAUUGUGUACCACCAGGUUUAGUUCCAAUACCAAAUACAGAAUAUGAAUAGCCAUGCUUAGCAUAAAUAUUAGAACUCAGGAAUAAAAUGAUACUUUAAAGUAGCCUCCAGUAUCUAAUUUUAAGCAGCAUAUUAUUUACAGAACAGCUCAUGACUGACGUAAUCUGAAUUCUAAUAAAAAUAAGUUGGUUGCUAUAGUAAGCAUUAUAUAGCAUAUCUAAUUAUUACUGCAUACAAUAUGCACUUAAA